GCGGAGGGAUUAACCCUGCGCUGGCCGGCGCGGAAGCUCUUUGUCUGGGGAACUGGGCCGGCCUCCCUGCGUCCAGGCGGGGUGGCGUGCCCUCCCAGGAGCCUGGACGCAUCCAGCAGGAUCGACGGAGAGACCGAAGUUGGAGAACUAGAGCGCAGGCCCCAGCGGGGAUAAGCUGGUCCUUGAAGACAGAUCAGUAGCUCCUGGGUCUCCACAUCCAGGCUCCGCGAGAGAAUAUGGAAAUGGCAGAUCCAAUGGGCCCAAAAGCAGGGAAUGAGCUGGAGAGAGACGGGAAGCAGCCAGUCCUGGGACCAACCAUCUCAGUAAGACCUCAAUGGCAGCUGAGGACUGAGCAGUGUGACAGGAUGUCCCAGUAUUGGAAAGAUCAAUUUCAGGAGGAGCUACAGAGCUUACGGACACCUGCUGAGGUUGUGCCGACAUCAGUCCCUGCAUCAAAAAACCCUCCACUGCUGGAGCUGACCCCAGAGGAGGAUAUUGAGGCCUAUCUGGCUUCCUUCGAGCAAGUGGCUGAAGCCUGCCAGUGGCCCAGAAGAGAGUGGGUGACCCGCCUUGUGCCGGCCCUCAGUGGAAAAGCUUGGCAGGCCGUUAGCAGCCUGGAUGCCAGAGAUGCUGGAGAUUACGGGAAGGUGAAGGCAGCCGUCCUGCGAGGGUGCAACGUUGGCACGGAGACACAGCGCCAGCGCUUCAGGCAGUUCCGCUACCAGGAAGCCGAGGGGCCCCGGGCAGUUUUCUGCCGACUCUGGGAACUCUCCCAUCGAUGGCUAAAGCCAGAGAUCCGCACCAAGGAGCAGAUCAUGGAGCUGCUGAUCCUGGAGCAGUUCCUGACCAUCCUGCCGGAAGAAAUCCAGAGCUGGGUUUCUGAACAUUGCCCAGAGACGUGCGCCCAGGCAGUGUCCCUGGCCGAGGAUUUCCAGGUAGGACUGCAACAGGCUGGGAUAUGAGAGCAGCAGGUCACAGUGCAUGUGAAGGUUGAGGAUGUGACCCCAGAGGAGAUGGAUGCCCCUGAAGCAUUAUGGGAAUCUCAGAGCUCCCAGCUGGAGCCACCACAGCCCCAUCCCGCAUGGGGAUCACCGGAGGAGGCGGCACUGAGGAAGUACGAGCUGCCAGGCGCCCCUGGAAAGGAGCCCCGAGUUGGACGAGAAAUGGCAGGUGCCAGGAUCCUGAGCAGGACUGAGAAGCAGCCUCACAGCAAAGGGCCUAAAAACCUGCAGCCCCCCAGCGUAUCACUGCAGGAUUCAGGAGAGAGCAUUAACCACAGACCUGAGCAGGAAGGAGCCUGCAAGAGGCAGAAGAGGAGCCCAGUGGGGAAUGAGUCAGAUCCCCUAGGAGAACGUGAGAGUGGAUUCAGGAGACUAAUCCAUCCUCCUGCACCGGGGAGACCUCGGACCACAGGGGACCUUCAAAAUCAGAACAGCAUUCACAGGACAGAGAAGCCCCAUAAAUGUCGAGAUUGUGGGGAAAGGUUCUGGGAGAAGCAGGCACUCACGGCCCAUGGGAGAGUCCAUGAGAAAGACAGACCAUAUCCCUGUCCUGAAUGUGGAAAGAGUUUCAACAGACUGACCCAUCUCAAAACGCACCAGAGAACCCACACGGGAGAGAAACCCUAUUUCUGUGCCGAAUGUGGGAAGAACUUCGGCCACCUCUCCACGCUCAUUACACACCAGAGGCUGCACACAGGGGAGAGACCCUACUCCUGUGACGAGUGUGGGAAAACUUUCACCAACCCCUCGGACCUCAACAAGCACCAGCGCUCCCACACUGGCGAGCGGCCCUACCCCUGCGCCGAGUGUGGGAAGCGCUUCAGCCAGCUCUCCAACCUGACGAUGCACCAGAGGACUCACACACAGGAGAAGCCCUACCCCUGCGCCGAGUGCGGGAAGAGCUUCAAGUACCUGGCUUACCUCACCGUUCAUCGGCGCUCCCACACUGGGGAACGGCCCUUCCCCUGCACCGAGUGCGGGAAGAGCUUCAGUCACAAAUCCUCUUUGGCCCGUCACCUGAGAAUCCACGCCAGAGCCGCAGCCAUGGACAAGAAAGGCCGAACCCCAAAACAGAGAGUGGUUGCAGAGCAGGCGGGCCAACAGCCCCUGCACCUCCAGGUCCAGGCUUUGCUGCAGCAGGUGGGGCCCACUAAAGAGAAAAUGGAAAAGCGAGAUCCCAUGGAACCAGGACCGGGGAAGGAAUCCGAGCGGGCUGCAGAAGAUCCCGUGGUGGCACCCCCCAUCUCAGUAACUCCCAGAUGGUCCCGGAUUAGACUACAUCAGGUCAAGACGGAGCCACAAGAAGGGAUGUCCCAGCGACGGCAGGUGCUGAAGGCCCGACAGACCUCUCCUGAAAUUGUGUCCGCUCCAGACCCUGCCUUGGGAAACCCUCAACUGCCGGAGCUCACGCCAGAGGAUGACAUCGAGGUCUAUCUGGCUUCCUUCGAGCGAGUGGCUGAAGCCUGCCACUGGCCCAGAAGAGAGUGGGUGACCCGACUCCUGCCCUCCCUCACUGGAAAAGCCCAACAGGCCAUUAGCAGCCUGGAUGCCAGAGACGCCCGAGACUACGGGAAGGUGAAGGCAGCCAUCCUGCGAGGCUGCAACAUCAGCACGGAGAUGCAGCGCCUUCACUUCAGGCAGUUCCGCUACCAGGAGGCCAAAGGGCCCCAAGAGGUCUGCAGCCGUCUGCGGGAACUCUCUCAUCGAUGGCUAAAGCCAGAGAUCCGCACCAAGGAGCAGAUCAUGGAGCUGCUGAUCCUGGAGCAGUUCCUGACCAUCCUACCCGAGGAAAUCCAGAGCUGGGUCUGGGUACGUCACCCAGAGACCUGCGCCCAGGCCGUGUCUUUGGCAGAGGAUUUCCAGCUGGGACAGCGAGAGGCUGGAGUGUGGGAGCAGCAGGUCACAGUGCGUGUGAAGGUCGAGGAAGUGACCCCAGAGGAGGUGGAGACCCCUGAAGCAUUAUGGGAAUCUCAGAGCUCCCAGCUGGAGCCACUACAGCCCAAUACCACAUGGGGAUCCCAGAAGGAUGUGGGACGGAGCAAGUACAAGUUGCCAAGUGCCCCUGAAGAGGAGACCGAAGUUCUACAGGAAACUGCAGGUGCCAAAAUCCUGAGCAGAGCAGAGGAGCAGCCCAAUUUGGGAGAGCAAGAAAACCUGGAUCUGGCCCAAACGUCGCAAGGCGGAUCAGGAGAGAGUGUUGUCUGCAGACCUGAGCGGGAAGAAGCCUGCAAGAGGCAGAAGAGAAACCCAGCUGGGACCGAGCGAGUUCUGCCAAGGGUGUUCCCACAGCUCCCCGCUCAAGGGACACCUGGGGCCGUAAGAGACCUUAAAAGCCAGGAGAGCAGCGUGCACAGGAUGGAGAAACCCCACAGAUGUCGAGACUGCGGGGAAAGGUUCUGGGAGAAGCAGGACCUCAUGGCCCAUGGGAGAGUCCAUGAGAAGGACAGACCCUAUCCCUGUCCUGAAUGUGGGAAGAGCUUCAACAGACUGACCCAUCUCCGAACCCACCAGAGAACCCACACGGGAGUGAAACCUUACUCCUGUGGGGAGUGUGGGAAAAGCUUCGGCCACCUCUCCACGCUGACCACGCACCAGAGACUGCACACAGGGGAGAGACCCUACUCCUGUGCUGAGUGCGGGAAAACCUUCACCAACCCCUCGGAUCUCAACAAGCACCAGCGUUCCCACACAGGUGAGCGGCCCUACCCCUGCGCCGAGUGCGGGAAGCGCUUCAGCCAGCAAUCAAAUCUGACAAUGCACCAAAGAAGCCACACCGAGGACAGACCGUACCCCUGCACCGAGUGUGGGAAGAGCUUCAAGUACCUCGCUGAUCUCACCGUGCAUGAGCGCUCCCACACAGGCGAGCGGCCCUUCCCUUGCCCUGAGUGCGGGAAGAGCUUCAGUAACAAAUCCUCUCUGGCUCGUCACCAGAGAAUCCACGCCAGAGCUGCAGCCAGAAACAAGUGA